AAUGUAAAUAAAUAAAUGAAUCUCUUUUUUUAACCAGGAACUAUAGAGAUAUUGUGUGGCUUAAAGGAAAUAACGAUAUGUAAGGUUUCCAUUAUAUAAAGUUUCUAAGAUCCACUUCUACAAUAUUUUUAAGUUUAUGAUGAAAAACAUACCCUAAUAUAAGGGGGGGAAGUACCUGAUACUAUUACUCCAGUGAGAGACCAUAAUUUGCUUUUCUUGCUUGAUGAGAAAGUGUGUAUGUGUGAGUAUGUAAAUGUGAAUGAGAAAUGGGAACUGGCUUGCUGUAAUCGUUUUAACCUUUCUUUUGACAUAUGAGGCACCAUACUCCAUUGAGUAAGAAGAUACUAGUUCUCCUAAUCCAGAAAAAGAUUGGUAAGAGCUUUGUUUUUGCCCGGCCUACCCGCGAAUCGUCGACCCGGCGCGGCGAUGACGAGGACUCGGGAAGAGGUGGACGCGACCCUGCAGAUCGCCAAACUGGACGCGGCCGAGCUGCUGCCCGCGGUGCACUGCUUGAGCUUCGGCCCCGGGGCCAGCAGCGCAGCCACCGGUGACUUCUGUCUGCUGGAACUGGAGCCUGCGCUGUGUCAGCAGUUGGAGGCCGGACAGAGUCUUGUGAUUCGUGGUGAUAAAGAUGAACAAGCUGUGCUGUGCAGUAAAGACAAAACAUAUGACCUGAAAAUAGCAGAUACUUCGAAUAUGUUGCUUUUCAUUCCUGGUUGUAAAACUCCUGAGCAGCUGAAGAUGGAAGAACCACACUGUAACAUUAUUCACACUGAGAUCUUUGGUUUUUCCAAUAAUUACUGGGAAUUAAGAAAACGUAGACCUAAAUUAAAGAAGCUCAAGAAACUCUUGAUGGAAAAUACCUAUGAAGGACCUGACAGUCAAAAAGAAAAGGAUUUAAAUCGCUCAAAAUAUACGACUGCAGAUUUGCUUGAUCAAAUUCAGGCAAGUGAGGAAGAAAUAAUGACCCAGUUACAAGUUAUAAAUGCUUGUGAGAUUGAAGGUUAUUGGAGGAUUCUUGAAUUUGAUUAUGAGAUGAAACUUUUGAAUCAUGUAACACAGCUUGUGGAUUCCGAAUCUUGGUCAUUUAGUAAAGUCCCUUUGAGUAUAUGCCUUCAGGAACUUGGACCAUUAGAACCAGAGGAAAUGAUAGAACACUGUCUUAAAUGUUAUGGAAAGAAAUAUGUAGAUGAAGGUGAAGUAUAUUUUGAAUUGAGUGCUGAUAAAAUAUGCAGAGCAACUGCACAAAUGCUACUUCAGAAUGCCGUGAAAUUCAAUCUUGCUGAGUUUCAAGAAGUGUGGCAGCAGAGUGUUCCUGAAGGAAUGGUAACGAGGCUUGAUCAGCUUAAGGGUUUAGCACUGGUGGACAGACAUUCGAGACCAGAAAUCAUAUUUCUGUUUAAAGUAGAUGAUUUACCUGAAGAUAAUCAGGAACGUUUUAAUAGUUUAUUCUCUCUACGAGAAAAGUGGACAGAAGAAGAUAUUGCUCCAUAUAUUCAAGAUUUGUGCGGAGAGAAACAAACUAUAGGUGGAUUACUCACCAAAUAUGCUCGUUCUUCGAUGCAAAAUGGUGUUAAAGUUUAUAAUUCAAGAAGACUGAUCUCUUAAAAGAACAAUACAACAGUCUGUUCUCUGGGACUCAAGUGGCUUUAUGUUGCUGGAUACAAGAAAAAGAUCCUCUCUUGUUUUUAUUUUUGACUUUUGAAAACCUAGUCUUUUAAGGAAUUUUUCUCCUCACCCUUAAGUAUUUUGCAACCACUACUCUUACUUUUUUAAUGUAAUAAGAUAUUUUCUAUUUAUUUCAAUUACACUUGUACUAUGUACACACCAUUAAUAAGGAUGAAAAAUUAU